UUUUUUCCCGAAUAUAAAAUCCAAAACCUCCAAAUCAAAUCUGGUUCUCUCUCUUUCUCCUUCUCAAACCUCAAACCCUAGCAAAGUUCUCCGAUCUUCAUCAAUGGCGGACACCACCGCGAACCCAACCACAUACAAUCUCUUCGUAAACCUCUUGGAAGGCAAAACCCUAAACCUAAAAUUCACGACCCCCAACGUCUCCGCCGCCUCCAUCAAGCACCGCCUCUACGAAAUCACCAAAAUACCCCUCCGCCACCAGCGCCUCCUCACCGGGACGCGCCACCUCGGCGACGGCGGCGACUCCGUACUCUCCUGCUCCGACGCGCCGCACCACUUCCCGACGGUCCACCUGCUGCUGAGGCUCGUCGGGGGGAAGGGCGGGUUCGGGUCGCUCCUCCGUGGCGCGGCGACGAAGGCGGGGCAGAAGAAAACGAGCAACUUCGACGCGUGUCGGGAUAUGAGUGGGCGGAGGCUGAGGCAUGUGAAUGCGGAGAAUAGGCUGCAGGAGUGGAGGGCGUUGGAGGAGCAGAGGAAGAUGGAGAAGAAGGGGGAGCAGUUUCUGAAGAGCCUGGCGAAGAAGGGCAAGAAGGGAACGGGGGACGCCGCGACGGAGAAGUAUGUGAAGAAGUAUAGGGAGGAGUCGGCCAGGUGCGUUUCGGAGGUGUUGGAUUCGGUGAAGGAGGCCAUGAGUGGGAAGAGGAAGGGUAAGGCUGUGGUGAAGAAUGCCCAGCCCAAGUCGAAAAGGAUGAAAAUUUGGAUGGGAAGAAAUGAUAGUGAUACAGAGGAAGAUGACAGUGAUAAUGAGAUGGAGAAAUCAACCAUAUCAAAUAAUGGGAAUAGCUCAGAUUUGAAUAAGGAAGCUGAGGGCAGUUUGGAUUCAGUGACUGGUGGGAAACAAGAUGGUGAGACCUCAGGUAGAGGCGCAUGUGAGAGUGGCUCUGAGGAAGAGAAAGAGAUGGUUGUUCAUACUGUUCAAGAAUCUAUUCAUACUGAGAAAAAUGGCAUGGUUGAACCAGUGAUUCAGGAUGAGAAGAUAGCUAUACCUUGUUCAGCUCCUGAUGCUGUUCUGGGAGUUGAAGCAAUGCUAGAUGAAAAGAUGGAUUCCAAUGGAACUGAGAUGGGAAAUAUGGAAGAAUUAGUUAGUCAACCUCAGAAGAUUUCUAAGUCAGAUGAUGGGCAAGGAGUUGAAAGUACAUCGAUUGUAUCCAAAGCCAAUGGUUCUUCAGAGUCCAGUCCAGUUGUUCAGGAAGAAACAGUUGCUAAUGAGAAAACUGAAGAGAUGGAGAAGCCGCUAAAUUUUGAUGAGUUCAGUUCAGCAGCAGAAAUGGAGGUUCUUGGCGCGGAAAGGUUGAAAUCGGAAUUGCAAGCUCGUGGGUUAAAAUGUGGGGGUACUUUGCGAGAGCGUGCUGCCAGGCUUUUUAUGCUUAAAUCUACCCCUAUAGAGAAGAUUCCAAAGAAGCUGCUCGCAAAGAAAUGAGUACGUGGUGUGCUUCAUUUAACCCUUUUAUAAGGUUACUUCAUGUAGCAAGUUUCUCCUUCAAUGUAUGAAUAGUGGCUGAAGUGUGUAACUGUGUAUAUUUGAAUCUGUAAGGUUCCCAGUUGUUGACUAUGUACUACUUUUGUGUACCAUGAUCCUUGACAAUUUGACUGAAGCAAUAAUAUGAUGCAAUCUUCAUUUUUGUA